AUGAAAGACGGACGAGCCGACGCUCACGGCUCUCGAGCGGGAUCCAGCUCGUUGCCAGCGUCGCCGUCGCCGUCGAAUGUUUUGCCACCAAAGCGCACAAAGAUCAGCUGCUUGCCCUGCCGGCAACGCAAGUCCAAGUGCGAUCAUGCACGCCCUUGCUCGUCGUGCGUACUCAGAGGCACUACACAGCUAUGCUCCGAUCCUAGCGCUGGUACCGCUGGUGGCUCUAGUGCAGGGUCGGCAUCCUCCUCGGCGGCUACAGGUCAUUUCCAUGCCAGUCAUCUAGCUGAACCAAGCUACAACACAGUCGGCCCCGCUGGUGCGACAUCCCAGCCGCGUGCGAUAGCUGCAUCUGUCUCCAUGCCAUCGGACCUGAGCGAAUAUGCACCGAAGUCAUCAUCACCUUAUGUCGAUCGAAUGGGCGCGCAACACAAGAGGAGACGCACCGAAGCCUCCUCGAAAGAGAACAUUACAACAGAUUCAUUUGCAGGCACUGCUCGCGCCGUUCCAGGCAUCACCGAGGAGAUCCAAUGUAUCAAGCAAUCCAUGGCCCGUCUCGAAUCCUUACUCAGCCAAGCCCCAUGUGCGGCAUCAUCCAGUACGCAAAAAAACCGCCAAGAUGACAAUGCUGCCGCAGACGUUUACGAGUAUCGAAUCGAUCCUAGCCAAGAUACACCGGGCGAGACAGAUCCUCCGUCCCGCGCAGCUCGUCAGCGCUGGCAACACCUUCGAAGCAUCCUGCCGCCGCUCAAGGACACGCACCGCAUGAUGCACUACAUGUUUACCGAAGGAGAUUGGCUCAUGACAUGCAACGAGGCUCCUCGCUUUGUUGCCAUCUGGAAGUAUGCCUUUGAGCGCCAAGCCAUCUCGGAUGUGUUUGCUGUGCGCGUUCUCACUCUGGUCGCCUGCUCUGCUCUCUUCCUUUCCGACAAUCGCGACCGUGCCAUACACUUUGCCGUACCCAUUCGAUCGCUCCAUACCCAGCUGGCAAAGGAAGCUGUGUCUAUCAUCGAGUCGAUGCCCGCCCUUCGUUCCGGGCGCACCGAAGCAGAAUCGUGCGAUAUGAUCGAAAUCAUGCUCAACAUGAGCCUCUACUUUCGCUGCAUUGGCAAAGAGUCGCUCAUGGCUAGGUUCACCGAACGUGCCAUCUCAUCCAGCAUCCGCGCCGGCUUCGACAACGAGUUGCGCCCCUCCUGGCUCGGCCUCACGCGCGAACAAGUCGAGCGCAGAAGAACCAUCAUGAUGGAACUGAUCAUGUCGUCGAAAUGGCUCGCCUUCCAUUGCCGCAAAGAUCUUGCCUACCUGCGUGUCAUGUCGUUCAACGUCGGCCAGGCCCAUCUGGAGCAUAUUGGCCAGCUACCACCCCUGUCAGCAUGGCCGCAGUCGACUCCAAUCGCCCACCAACGUGCUACUCAAUUCCCUGACAUGGAAGAUGCAUCUUUUACCUGGCGCAUCAAAUCAGAGCGAGAGCGCGACACGGUUCGCACCUACUUUCAUGUGUCCACUUCGCUCACCAGCGUCAUCCCACCGCUCGUAGAGCUGGUCACCAAGACCGAGACCCACCUCUUACAGCCGGAGGCACUUGCCAAAUGCACCAAGGAAGAGAUGCGGGACAUGGCUAGACAGACGCGUCAGAUCUUAGCGCGCUUGGAAGAAUGGUACACUGUCUUCCUCCCACGAGCCGGUGUAGGCUAUGAUCGAGCUAUCAAUGCCACCAUUACUGCACCAGAUCCCAUCGAGGCCAAAACCAUGGCCAGCAUCCUCAUGCUCAACUCGGCCGUGUUUUACAUGACCUCGAUUCUCUGUCGCGCCUGGCUCUUGCUGUCGGAUCGACUGCAGAGUCUCAGCGAUGCGCGCAAAGACGAUGACAAGGACUAUGAAAUGCCCAGCGCGGUGGAUGUCAGCUUUCUAGCGCACCUCAAGCAAAGAAGCAUCGAUCACGUACAACACAUGCACGCCGCUUGGCUACCACCGACGUUUCUGAGCGAAAUACAGGCCGCCGUAGUUGAGAAUGGACGUCGAUGCAUCCGCAGCAUCCCGGUGAUCCGCAAGCUGCAAUCACUCACGUCAUCGCAGUUCUAUGUCGGAUGGACGUGUUCGGCGCACAUGCAAGCCGCUGUCAACCUCGCCAUUCCACUGGUCCGUUCGCAUCAUCGUCACUUCCAUCAGCAUCUUGAUGACAUCGAUCCUGGGUUCGCAGAUACUACCACCGACUCGCUGCGUCGCGAUAUUGUCACCAUUUUCGAAGCUGUCAGCCAGCUGUCGGACAACUACAUGGCGCAACGCGCUGCCAAGGUGCUCAAUCGAGCGAUGCACAUCAGUGGCAUCAGUCAACCUCUGGCUGGUGGCGAUGGUUACGCGGAUGGUGUUGAAGAUGCAUGGGCGGCUGAGGAGCAAUCGUCAACCACUGCCACCAAGGGACAGAUGCAGAACGCAGCUGAAGGGCUGGCGCUUCUGUCGGCCGCAUCCAGCGCAAGAACGUCGAGCGACACUGCAGCGUCAAAGAACAGUGGUUCCAGCGGAGGAAGCGAGACGAAUUCACCCAGCUUGCCUUUGCUUGCCUGGGAAUCCAACUUGCGUGCAUUUCCCAACAGCCACACCGGUCUAGCGCCGGUCACUGACAAGUCGGUGCCCAGCUCGAAUGCAGCAGUGCCAGUUGUAUCUGCAGACGAAGGUGUUUCGAGGGAACCAAUGUGGUGGGAAUACCGUAUGCCCGUCGAAACUCCCCAGCAAGCAUCCUUCGGUAGAGGCGGUCCAUUCGCUGCAGCUGGCUCGGCCGUGGCGGGUCAUCAGCAUCAGCUUGAGCAACACUUGCAGGACCAGCAGGUGCAGCAACAACUUCAUAUGUCAGACUCGCAACUGCUCGACGAAUUGCUCAAUUUUGAUCCGUCAUUCUGGCAAUUCGUCCUCGACGGCACGGGCAUCAGUAGCACUGACAACAAUGACGCGACCAGCGUACGCGCUUGA